UCUAGUUAGAAAAAAUUUCAUUGGUCGCAAGUGAAGUCUCACUUCGCUUAUUUACUGUCGCCGCGUUUCACGGGGUUUAACGUUUGAGAGAAUGGGAAAUCCUGAGGCUUUUACCGAAAACUGCAUUAUGUCCACGGGAAUAGAACAACAAUCUAAGUAUGACCAGGAACAAGAGGAACUGCAUUUGAAAAAAUUCAAUGCGCCGGCAUAUCGGGAAAUUCGUACGCGAAAAAAUAAAAAUGGUAUCAAGGCUGGGCUGGCCAUGAACGGCAAUGGUUUCAAGCAGACCACAAAUGGAUUUUAUCCCCGAGCGACGAGUACAGCCACAGAGUAUGGCGCCACAUCGAAACCUUCUGCAGCCGAUCGUAAGCUGCCACCCGCAGAAGAACAUCUCCAGAAGACUUCGUUUGAAGAAGUUCCCCUACGCACCGCCUGCCUUACAUAUUUAGGAUUUUAUCUGCUCAUGAUAUUGGGCUACCUCAAUCAGUUGCUAUUUGUCCCCAAAGUGGCCAAAGAGAAGAACCGUGAGGGCUAUGUUAGCCUCUAUGAUGCCUUUGAGAGUUUCUAUUCACGUUAUGUGUACCGUCGGAUAAGAGACUGCUGGAACAGGCCCAUUUGCAGCGUACCCGGAGCCGAGUUGACAUUGAAAGACCGUGUAACGCCCGACUAUGGCUGGAGCUUUGAGUUCACCGGCACCGAGACCAGGUGUCUUAAUUUGGGCUCUUACAAUUAUUUGGGCUUUGCGGAGGCCACAGGCGCAUGUGCCGACAACUCCGAGAAGACUUGUCGAGAGUUGGGUUUGGCCCUGUGCAGUCCCCGCGUAGAGCUGGGCACCACCCAACUUCAUCUCGAUUUGGAGAAACUCACAGCUCGCUAUUUGGGCGUCGAAGAUGCCAUUGUGUUCGGCAUGGGCUUUGCCACGAAUGCCUUGAAUUUGCCAUCAAUUUUGUCACCCGGCUGUUUGGUGUUGAGUGAUGAGAAGAAUCAUGCCUCGAUUAUUUUAGGGCUACGCUUGUCGGGUGCCACCAUUAAGGUGUUCAAGCACAACAACAUGAAGGACCUGGAAAGAGUUUUGAGACAAAACAUUGUCUAUGGCAACCCCAAGGCUGGCGGCAAACCCUGGAAAAAGGUGUUGAUCAUUGUCGAGGGUGUGUACAGCAUGGAAGGCUCCAUAUGUCGUUUACCCGAGAUCAUUGCCCUGAAGAAGAAAUACAAAGCCUAUCUGUAUUUGGAUGAGGCCCAUAGCAUUGGUGCUUUGGGUCCCAAUGGUGGUGGUAUUGUGGAUUAUUUUGGUGAAGACCCCAAGGAUGUGGAUAUUCUUAUGGGUACAUUUACAAAGAGUUUUGGCAGCGCCGGAGGCUACUUAGCAGGAACAAAGAAACUGGUCGAUUUUCUACGCACAAAUAGUCAUGCGCACUGUUAUGCGGCGACUAUGUCACCGCCUGUGGCACAACAAAUUUACACCUCAAUGAGCACCAUUAUGGGCCUGGAUGGCUCCGAUAUUGGCAGGCGGAAAAUUAACCAGCUGGCACGUAAUACACGUUAUUUCCGCAAACGUUUGGCCCAAAUGGGCGUUAUCACAUAUGGCCAUGAAGAUUCGCCGGUGGUGCCAAUGUUGGUAUAUCUAUUUUCCAAAAUUGGAGCUGUGGUGCGUACCUUAACUACCCGCAAUAUAGCGGUUGUGGGUGUAGGCUUUCCGGCGACGCCUAUUAUGGAGGGACGCAUACGUUACUGCCUGUCGGCGGCCCAUACCAAAGAGCAACUGGACUAUGCUCUGGAUGUGAUUGAUGAGAUCAGCGACAAUUUGGGUUUGAAAUACUCUCGCAAGCCAAAAGACCCCAAUCCCAUAGAGUAUUAAGGUUAUAAGGAGUAGUAGUUAGUAGUUGGUUGGUAGUAAUGCUCCACGUCUGGAACUCUUGAGCUAUUCUAUUUAUCUCUCUCUCUCUCACUCUUCUCUCUCUCCCUCGCUGUGUCUUUUUCAAAACAAAAAAGAAUUCCAACUACUUUUGGGACUUUAUAACCUAAACACCGCCCCCUAAACAUACACACACACCCACACAAAACACAUACACACAAUACAAAAUAUGAGCGCAAACCAAAUUUAUUUAAGAGCAUUACGCUAAGAAAGAAAGUAAAAAAAAAAAACAAUAAUUAGUUAAAAAAUACACUCACAAAACGAGAACAAAGUAAUUAAUAUGAAAAAAAACAAACUUUUUAAAUUUUUGCUUGAAUCAAAAAUCCAAAAAAAUGUAAAAAAAUGUGAAUGCUAAUGUAAAAAAUACAAGAACAAAAAAAAACGGUAACACAAAAUCUUGUUGCAGUUGACCAUGCCCCCAAACAAUCCGUAACAAAAAAAAGAAGGGCAAAUAAAUUUCAAGCGCCAUCUCAUCUUUUAAGACCAAUUUUGGUUGCAAAGGGGCACACUUACACAUACAAACAAAUCUAUUUUAGAAGAAAUCAAAAAGAAAAAUGAAAAAAUAAACAGCAACACAACACUUAACUUCUAAUAAAGUCCAAUUUGUUUAGUUCAUAAGUCUCUAUUAUUAAUGGAUUGUUGUAUUGUACUAUUUUAUGUAAUUUAUACGAUUACAGGCAAUGUUUUUGUUUUUUGUUUUGUUUUUUGCUUUCCUUCGAUUAUUCCUUAAUUAACUAAAGCCGUUGAAGCAAACAAAAGGGGCGCGCGCGCAUCUUUGCAUAUUUUUAUACAUACACACAUACAGAUAAGGUUUUGUAUAGCUUCUAUAAAACGCGUUCUUUUUUAUUAUAAUUAUUAGAAAUUCGUAUACACACACACACACAUACAUAUGUUGCGUAUUAUCAUCACCUGAAAUGCAAAACGAAAAACGUAUUGAAUAAUCGCCCAACAAUUUUUGUUCACAAUGAACAAAGGCAAAACAAAAAUAAACAAGGAAAAGAAAAUAAUAAUUGCCCAAAAAUAAAUAAAACUCUAAUUAAA